GUAGCACUUGCGAGCGAAGCUGGGCGCUGCAGGUGCCAAUCGACCAGUUCUCACCGUCACAAGCUGCGCGAGCGAGCGGUGUAGCCAGGGCCUGAACACCGUCGGCUGGUUGCACCGCAGCGUGGACUGCAUUGCUGCUCGCCGCGACUGCACUCCGCCGCUGUUGGCGCCGUCUCGCCAGCGAAGGCCCGCCAGAGAGCCGCGCCUACGUUCGCUGUCUACGCGUCGUCGUCGUGCUGCAGGGAUGAGCGCCGCACAGCUGCUAGCAGCAUGCGUCUGCGUCGUCGGCUUCGCGCCGCCCACCAAACACGUGCGAGGCCCCACUCAACAAUAUAGCACGAUCCAGUACCCGAAGAACCCCUUGGAGUCCGUCCUGAGCCUCGGCGCGCCGCGCUUCCAGCCGCCGAACGGGACCUACGUGACCGCGGGCGGCGUCGGAGUGACGCGCCAGUCGUUCACGGUCGAGGACGCUCAUGGAGCCACUGAGGCAUUAGUUGAUGCCUUGGACGACCGGAGAGGCGUGCUGAUGCACUCGUCCUACGAAUUUCCUGGUAGAUAUGCGAGGUGGACCGUCGGGUUUAGUGACCCGCCCGUCCUGCUGUCUGGCAGAGCUCGCGAUUUCGCAUUAUCAGCAUUGAAUGAUCGAGGGAGAAAAAUCCUGCAGAUGCUCGAGGGGCACCUGAGAGAUGACGAUGCUGUGGCUUCCCUCGAGGAGGAGGACAACUACGCGCGACUAGUCGGGAGAAUUCGUGACAGCGACCCUUCCCAGAUAAGGAGGGAAGAAGAAAGAUCAAAGGAACCUUCUCUGAUGUCUGUGGUCCGCAACGUCGUCCAGACGCUCUACCACCCCGACGACCCGCAGCUGGGGUUAUAUGGCGCCCUCGGAUAUGACCUGAUGUUCCAGUUCGAACCUAUUAAUCCUUCCCUGUCCAGAAAGGAGCAGCAGCGGGACGUGGCCUUAUUUAUCCCCGACGAGAUUUUAGUGGUGGACACGCGGGAGCAGCAGGCCUGGACGAUACAGUACGACUUUACGUGGUGCGUGGCCGGGGAGGAAGAGACGGUGUCUACCGUGGAUAUGGCUCGGAGCGGCACGACUCGUAAACAUGAGGAGGGCACGCCUGUCCAAGAUCGCGACGUCGAGCCGGGGGGCUACGCUUCUCUCACCGAAAGAUCGAAGCAAGAAUUCGCAUGUGGGAAUUUGUUUGAAGUGGUCCUGUCGCAGCAGUGGUCCGUUCCCGCAGAAGCGAAGCCUUCUGCUGUGUUCCGAACACUGCGAAAGCGCAACCCGUCGCCCUACGGGUUUCUGAUGAACUUACGGGGCGAAGACGACUCGUCAGUGCCGUGGAUCAGUGGCUAUGGCAAGGGCGAGUACCUCGUCGGCGCCUCCCCGGAGAUGUUCGUGCGCGUCGAAAGGAUUGAAGGUAAAAUGAGGGUCGAGACCUGUCCGAUAUCGGGCACGAUUGAGCGCGGCGCUGAUGCGUUGGAGGACGCGGUGCAAGUCCGCACGUUACUAGGCUCCAAAAAAGACGAGUCGGAGCUCACGAUGUGCACCGAUGUGGACAGGAACGACAAGUCGCGGAUUUGCGCUCCUGGCUCGGUCAAAGUUAUUGGUCGCAGACAAAUAGAGAUGUACUCGAAACUCAUCCACACCGUCGAUCAUGUGGAAGGGUAUUUGAGGGAGGGCUUCGACGCGCUAGAUGCCUUUCUGUGCCACACGUGGGCCGUGACCGUGACGGGCGCGCCGAAGGCCUGGGCCGCGCGCUUCAUCGAGAAGCACGAGCGGUCCGCGCGAGCCUGGUACGGCGGCGCCGUCGGCCACGUCGCCUUUGAUGGGAGUUUAAACACGGGCCUGACCCUAAGAACGAUCCACUACGCCGACGGCGUCGCGUCCGUGCGAGCCGGUGCCACUUUGCUCUACGAUUCCGAUCCAGUAGCGGAGGAAGCAGAAACCGAGCUCAAGGCGAGCGCGAUGCUCGGCGCGCUGCGAUCGACGGCGGCCGGUGAGAGUCCUGCUCCAGUUGAACCUGUCGUGGAGGGCUUUGAUCCCGAAGAAGCGGGAAUUGGCAAGCGAGUUCUGUUGGUCGAUCACGAGGACUCAUUUGUUCACACUUUGGCGAAUUACCUGCGGCAGACCGGUGCUGAUGUCGAGGUCUCGCGGUGUGGGCCUGCGGCUCUCAACGCAAUUAAAGAGGACGGCCCCUGGGCGUUAGUCGUGUUGUCGCCGGGUCCCGGGUGUCCUUCUGAUUUUGACGUCUCGGGGACGUUAGAUGCAUGUAGCGCUUCAAGAACGCCGGUCUUUGGGGUUUGUUUAGGACUACAAGGCAUCGUCGAGCACUUUGGUGGUACCUUGGGCCAGCUCAAUGUCCCAGUUCACGGCAAGCCGGCCCAAGUUUCACAGAAGAGUGGCUCGACGGUCUUCGAGGGGCUGCCCGACGAAUUUGAUGUGGCUCGCUACCACUCGCUGCACGGCGUCGACGUGCCUGAUGAGCUAGAGGUGGUGGCGACCACAGAAAGUGGAGGAGAAGGGAGCGUGGUCAUGGGCGUUGAACACAAAACGCUACCGAUCGCCGCCGUCCAGUUCCACCCGGAGUCGAUCCUGACGAACCCGCGGCACGGGCUGCGCAUGCUGGCGAACUGCCUGCGGCGCCUGUCGUACGACUAAGUCCGCUUAUUCUAUUUGUGGGAUUGUUUUACGCGGGGAGGGAUGCGUGGAUGUGU